AUUUUUUGGAGAACGAGAGCUAGGUGGUAGCUCCUAGCUCGGCAUCGGCUUUCUCACGAGUGUCACGUUUCCGGAAUAUUGGUUUUCCGACUGGUUGUGAAGAAACACAAUCAAUAAUAUCUUUUUACGAAUCAAUCUUAUUGUUUAAUGUUCGAUCAAUUAAUUUUUAUUCACAUGAUUUCCAUUACUUCCUAUUUAAUAAUUAUAACAAAAAUAAAUAAAUGUAUUAAUACUAUUUUGGUCGGCGAAUAAAAUAGAAGACAUAAGUAAGUUGAGACUGAUAUCAGUGAUAACAUCGCUUCGAAUUCCCGAAACGUUAAAUCACCACUCAUGCACCUACGACAACCGUUUCCGGUUACUAAUUGUCCGGGACACGGGCCAAUACUAAUUUUCUAGCCGCAGCGUUUAUCAUGUGGCUAAAUUUAGCCAAGAUUUCUUAAAAGAACGAUUGAUAAUGGAUAAACAUAAUAAUAUUGUAAAUUUGACCAGUGAACACACGGGUAAUACCAAUAAAAAAAAAGUGUACGUAUAUCAAAAACUCAAUUAUUUGGUGUUAUCCAACUUUUUAAGUUUUUGCUGAAAAGAAAAAUUAUUUGAAGACAUCAACGAUAAAAUAUAUUCCAAUGACAGAAUACCAAUUGAAGAAAUUCCGGAAUUAAUUAGUGGUCAAUGUACCGGUCUGUUUCAACCAACGACAGAAGUUUCUUAAAUUUCAUAUUGUCAUAAAGAAGAUAAUUUACCAAACUCACUCAAUGAUGAUGGUGAGUGUAAGCACUAUUAUUGAACUAUGGGAUAGCUGUGGUAUACCAGAGUCUGUUAACUUAUUACAAGAACUAGGGAUUGAUACAUCCCAAGAUUCUGUUAAUAUACCUGAUCUAGUAACUACUGUCAGCAAUCAACUCUAUGAAGUUCGAAAUAAUUUUGUUGAUUCUUCAUUAACGGAGUAUGAUUUGAUUAAUACACCAUUCGUUUUGCUAAUAGCUCUGAGCUCGUUGAAUGAAUAUCAGGUUAAAUGGCUCUAAAUGAUUAUUGAGGAAAUAAAUUGUGAAAGAGAUAAAUUGAAGUAUGAUGUUGAUACUGCCAACAAUAGAGCAGCAAUGCUUGCACAGGAAGUUGAUGAAAAUUAUAUUCAAUUAGAAAUAUCAUUGGCAAACAAAAUAGCUGCUCUGGAACAUAAACAUUAUGAAGAAAGAAAAACACUCAUUGAUCAAUGGGUUUCAGAAAAAGAUCAAUUACUUAGCCAAAACAUUUUGCUCAAUGAUAAAGUACUACAAUUACAAAAUUAUGAAAACGAAUUACAAUCUGAACUUUUAAACAACAAAAAACAACUGAGAUUAUUAGAAAGUGAAAAUUCCAUAUUAUAUGAACAGUUAGAUAUAAUAAAACAAAAAUAUGCUUCAUUAGAAGUUCAAGUUCAAAAAAAUCCUCAGUUAAAACUUAAGGAACUAGAACUAGAAUCUAAUAAUGAACAAAUUAUUAACCUAGUGCAAAAAAUUGAUUGUUUGAAAAAUGAAAAUAAAUGUCUUAGAGACCAAAAUGAUGAACUGGUUACAGAGCUUGAAGCAUCUAAAAUGAUAGAAAAUGUAGGUACUGAUGAGUCAUUUGAUGGUAAUGUCAGGAAUUUUUUGGCAGAAAUAAAUAGUCCAAACUGCAUAGGCAAAGUGAAAGAAUUUUCUGUUGGGGAAAAUGGGAGUGACUGUACAAGUGCAUUUGAAACAUAUUCAAUUGAGUCUGACCUUGAUACAUGGAAUAAUGUUGAAAAAUCAGAAAACAAAUCUUCCCAGACAAUGAUGUAUGUAAAUAAUAUAAAAACAUCUUUAUCCUCUCAAUCUCAAAUUGAAGCAUGUCAUUUAGAUGAAUUAAUUGAGUAUUUGGAACAUAUGAAACAAAUACCAAAAUUAGACCAAUCACAACAUGUUGAAGAAAAUGUGGCACUAGAAUCAAUGCAAGAAUCUCCAGAUAGUUGUAUGACUUCAUCUUUAAAUAAAUACCAAACUAGGAGGUCAUUGAAUAAGCAAUUUGAAAAUUCAAUUGACCCUGAAUUUAUGGGAACUACUUUAAUAGAAGUGACAAAUGGCAGUGUUGAAAAAUUGAAACAAAUGUACGAUCAGUGUAAAUUAGAAAAUCAGGAGCUGCUAGACAAGUGCGAAAAUAUUGAAAAGUACUGGGAAUCUAGGUACAAUCAACUAUGUGAAGUAGCAGACAAAGCACUGGAUGAGGCUAAACGGUUUAAAGAUGAAGUUACUGAAUUUGAACGUGGUAUAGAUGCACUGCGCAGUGAAUACUUUGAGUGUGAAGAAUAUUGGUCACUAAAAUUAGAAGAAGAACGUAUAAUAAACGAAUUGGAGAAAAAAGAUAGUGAAGAAAAAUUGAAUUAUCUAGAAAUGAAGAUUAAAGAGUACAGUGAUAUGUUAGAAGAAACAACUGAUAAUAAAUUACCUUCAAUUGACGAAAAUGCUGAACUUGAAGAACAAAUCAAUUGUAUUCAACAAGAGUUUUCCAGCUACUGUGUAAAAAUCGAAGAAGAAAUGGAAAAGCUUAAGAUUGAAAAUGAAAGAUUGAAAUCUAAAAUUGUUAUUCUAGUCGAAAAAGUUGACUUUGAAGUAACCAAUUGUCAAUUCAAAGAAGAAUGUGAGCAAUUCCAUAACAAUUUGAAAACAAACAGUGAAUUGAAACAGUUUGACUUAGAAAAAAAUAGUGAAAAGUUAAAAAUAGAAUGUCAAAGUUUGUUGCAACAAAGAAGCAUACUUAAAAACGAAAUUGUACAAUUACAAGAAUGGCUUAAUGUACUUUCAAAUACCCACAAAGAUUUCUUCAUGCAAAAAGAAAUUGAUCAAGCCAAUCAGGUAUUCAUAGAUGCGAGGAGGUGUAAAGAACUGGAACAAAGUUUUCGUGAUGAACAGACCAGACACCAAAAGUUGACUAACGGUGAGUAAAACAAAUAUUUUAUAGUUAUUCUAUAGUGGGUUCAGUAAACACAUAUAAUUUCUAUUUGUAUUAAUGUGUUUGAUUUUGUUCAUUUAUGUAAUUAAAGU